AACUGUACGUGGGCGAGUGAGUUAACGUAUGCCAGUGGCGGUAAUGGAAUGUGUUUUGGUGAGCUGAAGACUCUGCCGACGCGUACGAACACUUACUGUGCCAUGGCUUGUAGUGCAAAUAGCGCAUGCAACGCGUUCCACUACCAAUAUGAAAAAUGCUCGUUGUACCUACAUGUGGUUCAGCCAGGGUCAACCUCCGUGAAUUGCUAUGUUCCAACGGAUGCCCUUACAGCCAGCCUGCCCAACCCUAACGACCUGGCGACCCCCCCGCCCCCUACCACUCAGCCGGCAGCCAGCUUAUCCAUGACAACAUCCUUAUCCAUGACAACGGGUGGUUCACCAGUCCUUGACUGGAAUGGAGUGAAUGAAUUAGAAGUCGAUUUCCAAAGAAGAUGCGACACCAACGGAGGAAUCAUUGGGAUAUUCGUAGAGAGCGACAUAUAUAACUUCCUGUGCCGAAGGUCACCCAAUGAAAUCCCGCUGACCGUGUCAGAUCCUGCUCCGCUCUGCAACCCCGGCACUGCGAUAGACUGCCUGACCACCACGUGCGAUGCGGACAAGAUCUUCAUCGGCUACGACCAGAACGGGCCAAAGGGACCCUGCUACACCAUCAGCAGUCAGCAGGCCACUGUUGACAAGGCAGACUGCUACACCGAAACCUCCGCCGGCCCUCUGCCAGACGGGAAGGGCAGUUCGUGGACGCAGUGGAGGGUCUGCCGCUCGGACGCCUUCUUCGUGAUGGUGGCGGCCGAUGUGACCGGCGGCACCAUCGCAAGCGUUACUUGCUGCAGAGCCAAAGUUGUGUAAUUAGGGCCAUGUCACUGGUGGUUUCUGUAAGGUACAAAGUCCACGUAUUCAAGGCACGCGGUUACUGGACAGACAAAGCGCUGAGACAAAAUGUAAUUUAGUAAUACAUUGGUUAAGAUAUUUCAUCCACUCUGUCCCCGAAAUUCUAAGGUCAACGGCGGAGGAUGGCAGAUUGUGCCCUUUAAUAAAGCAAUAAAUGACACAG